AUGGCCAACAUAAGCAACGGCGCGCUCUACGGAGUAUUCGUCUUCUCGGCCCUUGGCGCCAGCACGCUCCUCAACGUCUUCGGUCCUCGCCUGACCAUGCUCUUUGGCAUCACCGGCUACCCCAUCUACAUCGGCUCCUUGUGGUACUUUGACCAGUACGGUCGCCUCUGGUAUCCGGUUCUGGCCGGCGCCUAUCUGGGUCUCACAGCCGGCUGCCUGUGGACGACUGCCGCUUUCACCUCCAGCGCCUACGCCGAGGAGAAAGAAAAGGGGACCUGGCGGGCUAUGCAGUGGACCAUGAAUGUCGCGGGCGCAGCCACCGGGGCCGCGGUGGCUCUGGGAAUUAGCUGGAACACCGAGCGGCUCGGCGUCCCGCACUCCGUCUACAUCGUCUUCAUCGUGCUGCAGUGCCUCUCCACGGGGUUCGCAAUGCUGCUCCUCCCACCUGACCAGCUCCGGCGUCGCGACGGCACCGCGCUGGCUGCAUUUGACACCAUAUCGCUUGGGAGGUCGCUGAAGAUCACGGCCGGCCUGUUCAAGGACUGGCGCAUCGUGAUCAUGAUCCUCCCGUGCUUUACGGCCGAGAUGUUCUUCCCCUUCCAGGCUUCGAUGAAUGCUUAUGCCUUCAAUCUACGGACUCGUACGCUAAACAGCCUACUGAACAACCUCAUACAGAUUCCAGUCACCAUGCUGAUGGGCUUGCUCUUGGACUCGGAGCGCCUUGGAAGCCGCAAGAAACGCGCACUCUUGGGUGUCGCUAUUGACGCCGUCUGGAUCACUGGGUCCUACAUUGCGCAGACAGCCUGGCUGUCCAGCUGGAACUUCAACCGCGCAGUACCUGGGCCGAUGAUCGACUGCACUGACAGCGCAUACGCGGGCGCCGUCGUCAUCUACAUGAUGUACGCGUCCCAGUACGGCAUCUUCCAGAAUGUUAUUCUCUAUAUCUUGACGUCCCUGACGAAUGAACCGCGUAAGACGUCUGCUCUCGCUGGGUUUUUCGUUGCUUGGUUGAGUGCCGGCACCGCCGUCUCAUUCGGCGUGGACGCCACGGAACCGCCCUACCAGAACGAGAAUGCCGCCUACUUCUCCCUCGCCACUCUGUCGUGGCCCAUCAUGUUCUUUAUUGCGUGGAAGUAUACGAAGGCUACGAACUACCUUGACGAGGAGGAUGUUGUCGUGCCGAUCCAUGUUCGGAAGGAGAUGGAGAUUGAGACCGAGACGGUUGCUUCUGGAGCGGGGGAGAGGAGUGCGGCAAAGGACCUUGAUGAGAAGGUGUAA